AUGGAAAGAUCCAGGGAAACUGCUGGAUCAGUUCCCAAUGAGAGAUCUUCUGGCUAUAACGCGCUAACUAGAGAAAAACUAUUCCUACUAAACUUGGAAAACAACAAUAUGAAAAACAUGAAACAACAUCAAGAACAGCGACUCUCCAUCAUCAACAACCCUUACAACAGCUACACAACAACUCCAGAACUAUCAAACUCCUCAUCUUCAUCCUCAUUAAACUCCUCUGAGUCUGAUCCGGCUAUAACUGGUCAUGAUCAUUUUUACAAGUUUUAUAAUAACGGUUCAGAUUCAUCAAUAGCCACCGUUGUGCAAAAAAAAUUAUCAUCAACUCAUUCAAAUUCUACUCUCAACUUACAAAACUUGGAUUCACAUCAAGAACCAGUUGAAAAACCACAAUUGGAACAUGAUGAAAUGAUUGUUGAUGUUCCUGUUAUUACCGCGUCAUCCACAGCAACAACAACUGAUGAUGAUCUAUCAACAACUUCUGAAGACCAAAUGACUAUACCAAGAUCAUUAAAAUCUUCAUUAAAAUUACCAAGUUUGAAAAGAUCAAAAUCUUUACCAUCUACAAAGACUGUUAGAUUCUCAACUGAUUUGACAAAAGUUAAAACUUUUAAUGAAUAUGCUAAACCAAGUUCCAUUUCAUUAGAGAAUUCUCCUGAUCAAUCACCUCCUUAUUAUUCAAAUACUAAUGGUCGUGCUUAUUUUGAUUUAAAAGAGGAUUUAUUUACAAAUCAAUCAACACCAUGGUUUGAUCAAUCAAGUUCAAGUUCUGAAGAGGAAGAUGAUGAAGAGGAUAAUUACUUCUACAAGACUCCAUCAAGUAUUUCACAAAACAAAUGGAAGCUAAAGUCAAUGAAUUUUGAUUUGUUUAGACAAUCAGAUCCUCAAUCUUAUGUUAAAUUGGUUUCUUUAAAUAUUUCAAAAGAUUCAAUUGUUGGUUUAGUUCAAGUUUUAAACAUUUCAUUUGAAAAACAAGUUGAAGUUAAAUUUACCGUGGAUUGUUGGAAUUCAAUUUAUAUUGUUAAUGCUUCAUUUGAUCGUUCAUUGAAUUCAUCAAGAGAUCAAUUUAGAUUUGAAAUUAAUUUGAAUAAUUCAUUAUUGAUCAAUUCCAAAAGAUCAAAGAAUCAGCCUAUAAAUAUUGAAUUAUGUGUUAAAUAUUCUUCAUCGAAUCAAGCUGUUUUUUAUGAUAACAACAAUGGUUCAAACUUUAAGUUCCAAAUGGUUUCAAAUAAGCAACAUAGAUAUUCAUCAAAUGUUAAAAGAAGUUCACAACGUCCAACUUAUUCUACAUUACCAUCUGUUUCUUCAACUGCAUAUGAUGAUAAUUUUGCAUCAGCUAUCUUGUCAUCUCCAGAUUAUUAUUCAUCAAAUGAAAAUUAUACAACUUCAAGAUAUUUCCCUGAUAAUACUGAUUAUUUCAAUACAAAAUUUCAAGGCUCAAAUUUCCAAUCUACAAACAAUCACUCCUCAAUUCCAAGUUGGUCAAAGAACUAUGCAAGUACUUCAUCAUCAAACACUUCAUCUACAGUUUCAUCAAUUUCAUCAAACAUUUCAACAACUUCAAACUCAUCAAAUGAAACAAUAAAAGCUUCAAAUAAUAAUAAUGAAUCUUUAAACAAUUUGAAUGCUCAAUCUUUGGAAAAAUCAAGACAACAUUAUAAUGAAUUUUUAAAAAAGUAUUGUUUUUUCAAAAGUGAUGAUAAAAAGGAUCAUGAAUCUAUUUUCAUUAGAUGA